AUGAUGAUCAAAGAAAACAAAGGUUGUGGUGAUGAUAGUGAAGUAAACCCUUCAAAUACUAUUACUCCUUAUCUAUGUGAUGAUAUCGUAAACGACAUACUGAGCAGACUUCCGGUUAAACCACUCAUGCGCUUCAAAUUGGUAUGUAAAGAUUGGCAAAACUCAAUUCAGAAUGAUUUAUAUUUUAUGUAUUUACAUCUUACUAAUUCUAAAGAACGUCAUGACCCCGGUGUUAUGGAUCUCAUAUUUAAAACUAGUACUAAACCUAUCUCCCCAGGGAGCCGGGGAUCUGAUUUGUGCUUGGCAAAUGUAUGUAGAACGAAUAAACAUCAUCAUAAUAAACCAGUAGUUGCGGCUCGUCAUAGGUAUAAGAGUCUUUAUAACACCCCGGAGUUUUGGGGAAUUUUCAUGACACCUUUGAAUGGCUUAAUAUGUUUUGUUAGAGAAAAUGAAGGCUAUAUCCGAGUUGCAAAUAUAACUACAGGAGAAGAAACACCAUGGAUCAAAGCUACUUUGAAAGAUGACUAUUAUGGAAUUAAUUUUUGGCGAUAUAAAUGUGACUGGUGGACUGGUUUUGGUUACGAUCCUUCUACUAGACAACACAAAGUUAUCUGCAUAUAUGAGAAACAUUAUUUGGAUGCAGAACGGAAGGAUAUUGGUUCAAUAUAUUGGGUAAGUAGAGGUCAUGUGCCUACUUCACAUGGGAAAAGGAAGAAUUCUAUUACAGAUUGUAAGACAAUUACAGAACAUUUCUAUGAAGGUAUGUCUUUAGUGGCCUUUGAUGUUGGAAGAGAAAAGUUCAGAACGAUCCCAAUUCCUCAAGAUAUUAUAUAUUCACCGGAGGCUGAAGAAGACCCAUUCAUGCAAGAUAGGUAUAUAAAUCUAUUAGAAGUAAGCGGGCACAUAGCUCUUGUAGAUAGAGAAAUCAAAAAGUUAUGGUUAUUCAUGGAUGAUUAUGAUGGUGACAUGGAGAAGACUAAUACUACUAAUAGUAGUAGUGGCGGUGGUAAUUGGAUUAGAGAGACUAUUUGUAUCAAGUUACCUCUGAUAGAUGAAAGAUAUAUCAGAUUUGACGAUGGCGUUCCUGGGACGGACGAGAUACUCGUUAAAAUUAAAGAUGUUAAAUGGAAGGAUCAUUUCUAUAUUUGCUACUAUAACUGGAAAAACAAGACGAUUGGCAAUCUCAUUGAAAUAGCGACCGGUGAGAAUAAGUACCAUCACUAUGGAGAAAAAGUUAGAAUUUUCACCCAAAGUCUUUUAUCUGUUUAA